GUUAAGUCAGCAGUUUUUUUAAUUACUCUCUGAUUAAGCUUCUUUUUGAUAUGUAUUAAAGAAGAUUAUUGUUUAUGUUUUCUGGUAUAAGCGAGAAAAUGCCGUCUGACAUCAACCCAAGAAACCGUAACCUGGAGUGUUUUACCAUAAGCAAGACGAACCCCUUAACGAUAAAUUAUUUUAGAAGUCAUGUGGCCAUUGACAAUGAAAAAGAAAGACACUUGGAAAAUUUUCCUUAUACAAUUCACCCGCUUAGUAAGUUUUGUGAAUAUUACAGUGCCUAUUGUUUUUUCCUAUACGUUACGCUUAUAGUGUUAAAGUCAUACGAUUUUGCUUUUACACGAAUAAAAUGUGAGGAUCCAUAUAGUAAAAACAUUGGUAUAUUAGCUACUGGAAUUACUUUUGACUGUUUAGCCAUUUUGAAUAUGAUAUUACAGUGUUUUAUUGGAUACGCUCAGAAAGAUCUGAAUAUUGAGUUAUCUCUACAAAAAAUAUUACUGAGAAACUUUCUAAGUGGGCACAUUUUUUGUGACUUAUUUUCUUCCAUUCCGAGAAUAGCCAUGAUCAGAACUCAUACAUAUACAUUUUUUAUUUUAAACACGAUGCAGCUUUUAAAAUUAAGAAGAAUCACGUCAAUAGUUCGUUUGAUACGUCCAACGUUUCAGCUAUUGAAAAUCAAGUCGCCAGUAAAAAAGUUUGUAAUCGUUUUUUUUUUAUUUGUUUUUAUGCUAAUCCAUUUAAUGACUUGUAUCUUUCUUGGAAUAGCUCGUUAUAGAUUCAAAAUUAUGAGUAUGAUGUAUAAUUCUACAACCUUUUUAAAGCGGAUAACCGGAAGAGGCACUUUUGCAAAUGUCACUUUUUUGGAAAGAUCAAAUUUAAUCCAGUACUUAGUGGCAUGGUUUAAAAAUGUUCAGAAUGUAAUGCUUAUUAAUACUAGCGACAUAAAGUCUGCAUCAAGAUCAAUUAUAAAUAUGGAAGAACAAAUAGUAUCCAUAAUCAACUAUUUAGUGGGAAAAUUGUUAGUAUGUGUAAUAUGGAUUGUAAUGCUGUAUGUGUUUGCUGCUAAAUGGCAGCUACGAACUAAGUUUGAAGAAAUAAUGACAGAAUUAAAUAAAUAUAUGUUAUCAAAACAAUUUCCACUAGAAUUAAAAAGCAGAAUAAUCACCUACUAUGAAUAUAAAUAUCAAAAAUUAUUUUUCAAUGAAUUUGUAACUACCAGCUUGUUGUCAGAAACACUGAAAAAAGAAAUAGAUGUAUUUCUUUGCAAGUCCUUAAUUCAAGAAAUAUCAAUAUUCUCGCAAGUAUCUGCUAAACAUCUAAAACAUAUUAUUUCAAACUUAGUACCUCGCAUUUACCUCCCAGGUGAUUUAAUCAUUCAAGCUGGCACAUAUGGAGAUUGCAUGUACAUUAUUGAAUCUGGAACUGUUGCCGUAUUUUCACCCUCCGGAAAGGAAAUGUGUCAUUUAUACGAUAAUGCUUAUUUUGGAGAAGUGUCUUUACUUUUUAAGAAGAAAAAAAGGUCUGCCACCGUCGUUGCUAUAGAAGUAUCAAGAAUGUAUGAGCUAAACAAAAAGGAGUUUAAUAGAUGCUUUAAGAAUAAAACCAACAAGAAGAUCUAUAUGAGUAUCAUUAAGUUAGCAGAAAGAAGACUUAAAGAAACCAGUGUGAGUGAGUUACAGAUGAAGGAAGCGAAGAUUCUAGCCGAACUUAAAGCCUAAAACCUAUAGACAUCGUAGCCUUUCCUAAAUUCGCGUAACAUGAUAAACUCAAGAUAAGGUUUAUAGUGUGUUUUUAUCUUAUUGUAAAGUUGCAUUUAAUUUAUAAGUUCUUUUCUUAAGUGUUUGGAAAGUUUGUUUUCUGUGAAAUAUAUGA